CAGAGAGGUUCGGGAUCUCUCCUAAUCGCUCAGUAUCUGCUUAAACAGCUUACAACGUUACUCGAAGGAAGCAGUAAAGAUAAAAAGGGCUUCAAGAUUAUCAAGAAGAGAUAUAAUUAUGUUCAUAAUAUUAAUAUUUAGCUUAGUGUUUGCGGUCAACAAUCUCAGCAGAGAAGGUGAAGGCUACAAAUGUCAUGUGGAAAAUGCCUCAGACAUAGCUGGCAGAGUAAAGAGCCUGAAGAUCUUCCUGCAAGCCCCUGGCAUAGCAGCAACCAAGAGGAAGUUAAAAAGAACCCAAAAAGUGAUGACUCUGGAAUGCUUCAGUCAUCAAAGCCCCGUGCAAGUAGAUGUGCUGUACUUGAAGAACAUGAGUAGAUAUGUGACAGACUGGACAGUAGAGAAGCAAAUCCUACACGGCCUGAACAACUUCAGCAAUGCAGAUGGGAAACCUGCCACCGGCCAUACGUGUGUUUCACAAACACAGCACAGGAAGAUGUUUCCAAACAAACUUAUCAUUAGAGAAAAAGUGUUUCUGGAAGGGAUGUCAGAUUGUGUUGUAACAGCAAAGCUGCCCAAGAUGAAAGUUUCUGCAGAGGGUUUGGCUGUCCCAAAGAUGCACCACAGAAACCAUACUUUGCAUGAUGGAAUUCCACCCACAGAUGACAAAGAUAUGCUGAACAGACAGAAACUUAGUAUCAUCCUCAAAGUGUUCAUUGCUGGUAUCCUAAUAGCCUUUGCAAUGUGCUAUAUAGUGGUGGGUAUAUGCAAAAUUCCCUGCUCGUGCUCGUGGAUCAAGGGCAUCAGCAUCUACAAAAGACAGCCUGCAGGCCACGUUCCAGCAUAUGGUCAAACAGUACAGCUUUUAACUCCAUGUAUGAUAGAAAAGGCGGCACUGGAAACUUUUGCCUGA